ACAGACUGGGCGAAGCCCAAGACUGUCACAUCCGUAUGCCGCAAAGUCUGACAGUAUUUGAGAAUCGGGACCCUUGGCCAAGACUUGCGGGACAGGAGGAUUCGGACAAAUUGAAUAUAAGAUUACAGACUAAACUUACGUCCCUGGUACCGUAUAUUCCGUAUUCUAUACGAAAAGUGAGUAAUCUGAUGAUUAGUCUAUGAUCUUAUAUUCACUUGGUCGAAAUCCUCCUGUGCAGUGGUCUUGACCAAGGGUCCCGGUUUUCAAAUACCAUACUCCGUACGUAGUACCGAGUACGUAUAUAUGCCUGGGUCGUCAUCAACCAAACAUCAACCUCCCACCUUCCGUAUGCUGUUCGAAAUUAAUCCUUGACUUGAAAGACUCGCUCGCCAUCGGCUGCAAUCCACCCGAAAAACAAUCAAAAUGGACGGAAACUCGCAACAAAAGACCAUCCCGACGGUGUACAACAUGUCCUCCUCCAAAGCCCGAGAAGUUCUCUGGGCGCUAGAGGAGAUUGCUGACGCCGGCAUCAAGUACAAUAUCGUGAAUCUUCCUCGGAGAGGCGCGGACACCACCAAAGUACUCAAAUCACACUUUCCGCUCGGAAAGUCGCCCACAGUUACGCUGGAACACGUCGACGGGGAAGCGGAAGUCACAUAUCAGAUCAUACCGAACGUCCUGACCGAAACGCGACUCAUCCUCCAGUUCAUCUCGGACCACUACACCGACGGCAUCUGGAUCCCGGAGUCAGAGGAAGACAAAGCGCGAGACACCUUCUUCCAGGAGUUCGCGAAUGGCUCUCUACUGGCCAAAGUCAACUUCAUCGUCACGUUCGAAGUCAUUCCAGCCAUGCUAUUCUUCCCAUUACGACAGCUUACCCUGCUAAUGGUGCUGCCUAUCCGCCUUCACUUCAUGAACGAUCUGACUAUCUCCUACCAAAUCCUAGAUGAUGCACUGUCCGAGGAGCGACCGUGGUUCUCAGGCAAGAAACUCGGCUUGGCUGACCUCAACAUGAUCUUUCCCAUGGACCAGGCGGUUGGCGGAGGCUACAUCAAAUUGGAGAAAUAUCCCAAAUUAGCCAAAUGGCACGACACAGUGAUAAAUCGGCCGGCAUACAAACGGGCGUUGGAAAAAGGAGGACCGUACGAUCUUGCAACGUACGCCUAGAUCCCGCUUCGGAAAUUUGUGAGGGUGCUUUCCUGCUUUCCUGCUGUAUCUUCUGUUGGAUCGAAUGGGCAAAAGAAUCCGAAAAAAAGCAUUUAUAAAACGCAUGGAUUCUUUGACCCCGGCCUCCCAAAAUUUGUCAACCUAACUACUGUUCCAAGAUGACUUGGGAGAAUCGAUCAGAAAUGGCGGCGAGAGAGACCCGGCCACGGGUUUGUUCAGCCUUUUGAGCAAUCUGAAGUAAUAGUAAC